GAGAAAGAUACAGACAUGGCAGAAGAAGCACCAGCCCCGGCCAAAGCCCCCAAGAAGAAGGCAGCUCCCCGGGCAAAGAAUGACGGGCCCUCCCUCCCGAAGCUCAUCCUCGACGCCGUGACAGAAUCCAAGGACCGUAAAGGCACCUCGCUUCCAGCUAUCAAGAAGACGUUGGCCACCAAAGGCAUCGACCUGGAGAAGUCCAACAAACGCAUCAACACCGCGGUGAAGAAGCUGGUGACCGACGGAAAGCUGGUCCAGAAUAAAGGGAUUGGGGCUUCGGGAUCCUUCAAGCUCCCCAAGGCUGCGCCUAAAGCUGCCAAAUCAGGCAAGAAAGCUCCCGUUAAGGUGAAGAAACCCGCUGCUAAGUCCCCGCAGAAGAAAACCGCCGCAAAGAAGACCGCAGUGAAGAAGACUACAGCCAAGAAAACCGCCGCUAAGAAACCAGCAGCCAAGAAACCAGCGGCCAAGAAGUCUCCUGUGAAGAAAGCUGCCAAGAAGCCAGCAGUGAAAUCUACUCCCAAGAAGGCUGCCCCUAAAAAGGUCGCAAAGAAGAAGACCCCUGUGAAGAAAGCUCCGGCAAAGAAAGCUGCAGCGAAGAAGUCCAAGAAGUAAAGUGGCUCUUUAACCUGCACUCAGUGCACCAAAAGGCUCUUUUAAGAGCCACCACACAUUCACAAGAGAGCUGUUUUCCUACAACAUUAUAUGUUUCCAUUGUUUAUUUUUCUAUUUAUUCAACCAAAA